AUGUUCUACAUGCAUGUGCUCGUCAAUAAGCGCGGGCCGUUGGCCAAGAUAUGGCUUGCUGCCCACUGGGAAAAGAAGCUCACCAAAGCUCAUAUAUUUGAGUGCAAUUUAGAGACUACAGUUGAAAAGAUCAUCUCGCCAAAGAAAUACUAUGUCCUAAACAACUUUUUAAAAUCAUCACAGUUUACCAUAGCUCUACGAACUUCUGGACACUUGCUCCUAGGAGUGGUGCGGAUUUACCACAGGAAAGCAAAGUACCUCUUGGCUGACUGUAGUGAAGCUUUGACAAAAAUGAAGACAGCCUUUCGCCCAGGACUUGUUGACCUUCCAGAAGAGAACUUUGAGGCUGCUUAUCAGUCCAUUACAUUACCUGAAGAAUUUCAUGAUUUUGAAACACCACUACCUGAUUUAAAUGCCAUUGAUGUUGCUGAACAUUUUACCUUGAAUCAGAGCAGAGCUGAAGACAUCACACUUACAGAGGAUUACGAACGCAAUAUACUUCUCUGUGAUAGAAACCUUGAUGAAGAACCAGAUGCACUACGAAAACAGAGGUUCUUUGACAGCAGCAUCUUAAUGAGCAGUAACAGUCUUGUGGCUGAUCACAACUCUGCGAGCGCGACUAGAGGCAAUUCUGCACUGCAUGAAGAUGCUUGCUGUUUUGAGCACGACUGUUUUGGAGACGAGGAGGACGCUGCAGAUAUGAUUGAAAUCCUGUUGAGGGAUGAGCAAAGUGGCCUAGAUAAAGACAUUCUUGAUAUGGAGGAAGAACGUCCUUUGUCACAAGAUCUGCCAGAGAACAGCACAUCCAUUGAGUCCAACUGCGCAGACACCACCAUUAAGAAAGUCAGUCACCUCACGAAUGAGACAAUACUUUUCUUGAAAGGAGAAGAAGGAUUUGUGCUUGAGCCCGUUGACGACACAGCUAUCACCCAGAGAAAAAAAAAUAAAAGAAAGAGGAAGUUGCUUGUGGAUGUAGACAAGGAGAUCAGCUGCAAUGCUAUAUACAACCAACUUAACAAUUGCACGGACAUCCUUGCUCCGUUGGACCUUGCACCACCAACAAAAAAAACAAUGAUGUGGAAGAAAUCAGGAGGCGUGGAUAAACUCCUGUCCCACGCUACACAGCCUGUGGUUCAUGCUGAGCUGCAAAUGUUGUUUGCAAAAUGCUUCAAGAGCUGCGGAUAUAAGAUGAGAAGAAAGGGAGUACAGAGGGAGUCUGAAAUGGAAGGAACAAGAAAAGAGCAAGAUACCACAGAGAUGCUGAUAGUAGAAGAGCCAAGUCAUGUGCAGGAGUCAGCUCCUUCAGAGACUGAGAGAAAAAUUAGAAAUGAUUCGUUUAUGUUGACAUCACAGAAUAACAGAAAUGAAAUUGAUGAUAACUGUGGUGAAGCUAUACAGGGUGGAACGGCCUUCUCUGAGAGCUCCUCACUGGCAAACAACUCACUGGGCCCAGAAGCUGAAAUACAGCAAGCUGAGCUAAAUGAGCUAAUGAGGAACAAGAAAGACAGUGAAGAAAUAAGGUGGAGCAAAAGAACUCUUCAGUUAUUAAAAACUUUACAGCACCUGAAGAGAUCAGGCAUGCGUUCUUUCAGUUUACGGGAGCUCUGUCUUAAAAACAACCGGAAAGAAGCUGCAGCGAAGUUUUACAUCUUUCUAGUUCUAAAGAAGCAGUCGGUCAUUGAGCUCAGCCAGAGCGCUCCCUUUGCUGACAUCACGGCCACCCUUGGCCCGAUGUUCAACACUCACUGAAACCAUGUAGUAUUCGGAGAAGCUAAUGAAAAGAAAUCGUAUUCUAAAUUUUUCAGCAAAUAUGCCUCCUGGAAAAAUUAUUGAAAGUCUUGUCAGACGGUGGUAACUGAGCAGAGCUCUUUCCCUUAUACCACCUCUCAGAACUGCCAAGGAACAGCCUCGUGCCAGUGUGUGACCUCGCUAUUCGCUACCAGGGUGUUCACUGGUAUGUUAAUUUUUCAUGUCUGUGUUUACAUAAUGAGCAGUUACUUAUUCUGUUAAUAAAAUAUAGCUACAAUACAUAUUUUACACCAGAGAUUUACAUCGUGAGGGUUUUUAUCAGAGUCCUUAAAAACCUUUCUUAGAGACCAGCUUUGGAGGUUGAAUUAUUUUUAACGGGGCUUGUGUGUAUUAAUUAUCUACCACCAUCAGUAAGAGAAGCCUGUUAAGCUCUCUCUAUCGAAAAACGUUGAAAUUAUUCCUUUCAAAGAAUGUUCAUUAUUUGAUAUUUUAAGGUCUAGGAAGCUACUGUCUCCAGCAUUAUUUUCAUGUGUUCAGGCAGAGAGAAGUUAGGCUAUCCCUAGGAGAGCCACAUAAGCCUCAUGAAGAAAUCCUGCUCCCUAGGAAUCCUGCAACUUCAGCUUUCAUGGGCCAUGUUUUCUUAAAGACUAAUACUUUUAAGCGUAGACCUAUUUAAAAAUAGAUGUUGCAUUUUUAUCUAAUUUAAGCUAAGUUUUAACACUUUACUGUCAUUUUGUAAAGGCGGUCGUUUUCAGUCACAAUAAACCUGCGACGCACGGGCCGGUUGUGUGCGUUUGGCGCUUUAGAGUGUUACGGUGCUGGCGGAAAGCUGCCGGCUCGUAGUAUGAAAUCAAUAAAAAUCCCAAGA